AGGGAAGCAUGCAUCAGAGAGCCCCCUAAAAGAGCAGGGUUUCUCCAAGAGGGAAUGGUCGUAAUCCCAGGAUCCAUGGUGGCAGAUCAAGUUAAAACUCUUCCCCUGGUUCAUGAAGUCACUCCACGACCUAUAUCUUCUUAAGCUUUAGGGAAAGAGCCUAUCACCACCUCCGUCAUCCCCCUCCAACAGGAAACAGUCAAGGAGAGACUACACCUCUUCUUUUUAUCUGUCCUCAGGGUCAGAUAAAUUACCUUAAUUACUUAAAAAAAGAAAACUUAGAAAAGCUGAGAGUCCCCCAAUUCAGCAUAACAGCACUCCUGCAGGACAGGAAAGUCAGCACAGUAAAAGAACAUCCACUGGCAUCAUUCAUGAAACUAUAAGGAACACAUCCGAUGAUAGAUAACCUUACUCUGCAGAGCUCCCUCUGCUGACCUAUAAAGCCCAAGCUCUGCACCUGAACACACACAGUCUCCAUCCCCAGAAAAGACUGGAGAUUUUCAGUUGUUCUGACCAAAGGACAAUUUGUCCCUAUAGAGGCUGCUCCACUCUUUCUUUUAUUUCCAGCCCUCCUCUGUCAGUUCCAGUCAAACACCCUUUCCCAGCACAUAAUGGCUGGCAGAGACAAAAACCCGCUGGCCUCCUGCUUGGAACAACCACAGAAGGGAGACGCAUAUGGGCAAGAGUUGCAUAGCCAGGCAUUGUCUGAAGGCACUACCAACACAGGAAGUGCUUGGUCUCAGAAAGCCCAUGACAUAGAGGAGGCUCAGCAUAAGGGUCAACAAGUCUUGAACCCCUCCCACCACAUUAGGAGCCUGAAGAUCCCAAAGGUGCCAAGUCCCCAUUAUCUGUCACAGGAUGACUUGAAGUUAAGCCAUCCUUCCUCAUUGCACAGAUCCUCAAGCACACCCUACAUGCAGUCCCUUGAAUGGACAGAAGACUUGGAGCUAUUUAGCACAGAUCAUGAGUCUUGGAGAAACUUUUGGGUCUUAAAGAAGAAGUUUGAUAAAAGGGUACCUGAGGACUAUGAAUUCAGACAUGAAGAAACACAUCAGCAUAAAGGAAAGGAGAAUCUUUACCACACUAAGUCCUGGAAAACAGAGAAUAUCCUGCAAAAUUUCAUUCAGCUACUACUUCUACCAAAACCUUGCUCAAGAGGCUGGAAGACCUUGAAGGGGAAAAGCUUGCAUAAAAGUAAAGAAGGAAAGAGAAGACAUCUGAUUGAAAUCCAAGAAUUAUUUGACCCAGACCCAGAUACCCAGGAAGAGCCUCAACUUGUUGUAUUAGAGGGGGCGGCUGGGACUGGGAAGUCAACACUGGCCAGGAAGGUGAGGAGAGCAUGGGAGGAAGGCCAGCUCUACAGAGAUCGCUUCCAGCAUGUCUUCUACUUCAGCUGCAGAGAGCUGGCACAGUGCAAGCAGCUGAGUCUGGCUGAGCUCAUAGCACAAGACCAGACUGUGCCCACAACUCCCAUCAGGCAAAUCUUGUCUCACCCUGAGAAGCUGCUCUUCAUCCUAGAUGGCAUAGAUGAGCCUAAAUGGGUCUUGAAGGAGGAGAAUCCUGAGCUCUGUCUGCACUGGAGCCAGCCACAGCCAGUCCACACCCUGCUGGGCAGUUUGCUGGGAAAAUCUGUCCUGCCUGGGGCUUACUUGCUGCUCACAGCUCGGACCACAGAUCUGAAGAAGCUUAUUCCUUCUUUCAGGCAGCCUUGUUUGGUAGAAGUCCUGGGUUUCUCCAAAGCUGGACGGAAGAGAUAUAUUCACAAAUAUUUCACAGAGGAAAGAGAAGCAAUUACAGCUUUCGGCUUGGUUAAAUCAAAACCAGUGAUUUCAACACUGUGUGUGGUGCCCUGGGUGUCCUGGCUGGUCUGCACCUGCCUGAAGCAGCAGAUGGAUCGGGGAGAAGACCUCUCACUGACCUCACAGACCACCACAGAGCUCUGCCUGGAAUACCUUUCCCAGGCUCUCUCAGGUCAUGGUCUGGGGAACCAGCUCAGAAGGCUCUGCUCACUGGCUGCUAAGGGGAUCUACCAAAGAAGGACCCUGUUCAGUGAGAGGGAUCUCUGGAUCCAAAUGUUAGGUAGCAAUGCCAUUGUCACUUUCCUGAAGAUUGGUAUCCUUCAAAAGCAGCCCGGAUCUCUGAGUUACAGCUUUGCCCACUUGUGUCUCCAGGAGUUUUUUGCAGCAAUGUCAUUGAUCUUGCAUUGUAAUGAGAAGAGACAUGAUUAUAUGGGAAUCUAUGGAACUAUGGAAAGGCUGAAGAACAUCUAUGGAAGAUAUGACCUGUUUGAGGCACCCACUGUGCGCUUCCUAUUUGGUCUUUUAAGUGAAAAUGGAAUGAGAGAAAUGGAGAAGAUCUUUGCCUGCAGGUUGCCUUUGAAGACAAAGUUGGACCUACAAUGGUAUAUCCUAGAGGAAACCCUGUGCCAUCAACCAUAUUCUCUGGGUUUACUCCAUUGUCUUUAUGAGAUUCAGGAUGAAGAACUCCUGACACAGGUGAUGCAAAAUUAUCAAGAAACAAAUGUACUUUCCCCAAUGGAUAUAGUACACCCAGUGUCCCAGACAGGAGUGAAGUACAUGGUGGUCCAGACAGACAUGGAGCUCAUGGUAGCCACUUUCUGCAUUAAGUUCUGCUGCCAUAUCAAGUGGCUUCAGCUGAAUGGGGGUGGACAGCAGAGAAAAAUCUCAAAGGCCCCCAGGAUGGUUCUGUCCAGGUGGACCCCAAUCACUAACUCUAGUUGGCAGGUUCUCUUCUCCACUCUUGAGUUCACAGGAAGUCUGCAGAAGCUCGACCUAAGUGGAAACCCACUGAGUUACUUAGCACUGAGGAGCCUUUGUAGGACACUGAGAUGCCCUACGUGUAAACUAAGGAUAUUGUGGCUUGUCAACUGUGGCCUCACAUCCAGCAACUGUGGGGUGCUGGCAUCAUUGCUCAGUGCCAGUUCCAGCCUGACUGAGCUAGACCUGCAGCUGAAUGACUUGGGUGACCAUGGUGUGAGGCUGUUGUGUAAGGGGCUCAGGAAUCCUGUCUGCAACCUUAAAAUCCUGUGGCUGGACCAGGCCCAUCUCAGUGACCAGGUGAUCAUGAACCUCAGGGCCCUGGAGGCAAAGAAUCCAAAGCUGUGUAUCUUGAGCAUAUGGAAUCCACAUGUGAUGGACCCUACUAAGAAUCCAGAUGGAGAAGAAAUGAGUGCCAACCUGAUCACAUUCAUGCAGCAGAGACUACAGUUGGGACAUGAGUGCAUGGAACCACUGGGGACUGAAGAUGACUUCUGGGGUCCUACAGGGCCUGUGACUACAGAGGUGAUUGACAGAGAGAGGAACCUAUACAGAGUUCAGUUCCCUGUGCCUGGUUCCUACCACUGUCCCAACAUUGGACUCUCCUUUGUUGUGAAGAGGGCAGUGGCCAUCGAGAUUGAAUUCUGUGCCUGGAGCCAACACCUGGACCAGACCCCCUUACAUCACAGUCACAUUGCAGCUGGGCCUCUGUUUGACAUCAAGGCUGAGCAGGGAGCUGUGGCUGUUGUGUACCUCCCUCACUUUGUGGAUCCCAAAGAGAGACAGAUGGACAUCUUCUUGUUCCGUGUGGCCCACUUUCAAGAACAUGGGCUGGCCCUAGAAAUUCCAGCCAGACUGGAGCAGAACUAUGCAGUACUGAAAAACCCAAGCUUUUCCCCAAUGGGAGUUCUACUGAGAAUGAUCCCUGGCAUCAAAAACUUCAUUCCUAUCACUGCCAUCACAUUGAUCUACUAUCACCACAAUGUCGAGGAAGUCACCCUUCAUCUCUACCUGAUCCCCAAUGACUGCACCAUUCGGAAGGCAAUUGAUGAUGAAGAAAUGAGGUUUCAGUUUGUUCGAAUACACAAGCCACCCCCACUAGACUCCCUUUAUAUUGGCUCCCGCUACACUGUUUCUGCUUCCAAGAAGGUGGAAAUCAUCCCUGAGGAACUGGAGCUGUGCUACCGGAACCCUGAGGAAUAUCAGCUCUUCUCUGAGAUCUACAUUGGACACUUGGGUUCAGGGGUUAAGCUCCAAAUCAGAGACAAGAAACAUAGCAAUCUCGUAUGGGAAGCCUUGCUGAAACCAGGGGAUCUCAAACCUGCACAGCUCAUGAUGCCUGCAGUUCAAAAAGAUAUUCCAGCCUCAGUACACUUCGUGGACCAGCAUAGGGAGCAGUUGGUGGCCCGAGUGACAUCAGUGGACCCUCUCUUGGACAAGCUGCUGCAUGGUCUGGUGCUGAGUGAAGAGCAAUAUGAGGCAGUGCGGGCUGAAGCCACCACCCAAGACAAGAUGCGGAAGCUCUUCAGCUUCUGCCGCUCCUGGAGCAGGGCCUGCCAAGACCAAGUCUACCGAGCUCUGAAGGAGACCCAUCCUUACCUGAUCAUGGACCUCCUUGAGAAGUCAAGCAGUGUCUCCGUGGGAUCCUGACAUCUUAGUGGCUGAGGUGUGAGCAUUCGAGUGAUUCCCGGCUCUGCUCUGCCCUAAGUUUCCAAAUCUAUAACCCAGUGACCACCUGAGUUACUUUGCUGGUGGCAUUGUUUCCAAGAAACCUCUUGGGGACCCAGAUAUUCCCUCUUGGCCUUCCCCAGACGUAUGUUCAUGUGGGCUGGACAUCUCAGUAAACAUCCAGUGGGACCACCAAGUCAUUCAGGCCUUGUCCAGCCUGCUCUCAUGACCUGAGUGGCCAGGCUUGUGCCCACCUGAUCUUCCAUGAUUCAAACAGGACUGAGGAACAUGGGAAUGGAGACAAAAGAUGGUACUUUUCCAUGAAAAGGAAAGGAAGAGGGCUUCUUAAACAUUUCCUAUUCCUUUUACCCAAAUAAUUUUUAUAUAAUUCUAGGUAUUUAGAUAUAUAAGUACAUAAAUCAAACAUUUUUACUAAAAAUUAAUCUUAAAUAAAUUUAUUUUUAAACAAC